AUGGAUCCUGCAGCCUUAGGCGCUAGAUGUCUCGACCAUUUGAAUGAAAUCGAAAAUCAGAGAAGCCGAUGUAGCAACAUCUCAGGACGUGUUGCUGGUCGCAUGAAGGAUAGCAAGCGAAUAGCUGCUGAAAUUACGAAGGCUAUGAUAGAAAGACUCACACUUGCGGGCGAUGCCUUCUCUCUUAAAAAUGAAAAUUUUGCAUUGAAAGAAGAGCUUGAAGAAAUUAAACGUAAAGAGCAGGCUCAAAGCAAGGAGAUAAAUAGCCUGCGUAAAAUGAUCACUGAUCUGCAACGUGAAAUUAGGUCGCUCAAGGAAGGCUUUGGACCAUUUCCGGCGAUGGUAUCUGGUACCUCCUCCCCGUACAGGGGUAUUAAGUCUGUGAAGGCGUUGCCUCUGGGGGAGAAGAGACCAGAAAGAAAGGAGAAGAGGACUUCUGCCUCUCCUGUAAGACUGGAGGUGGCUGAGUCUAACAUGGAAGUUGAGCCCCUUGUAAGUGACAUUCCUGGUUGCUCUAAGGAUAGAGAUUAUAUGGACCACGACACAGAAUGGCCGGGUGGAGCUGCGUCGAUCCCGUGGACAAAAGAAGAUAAGCAUAGGAAAGUAGAAAUAUCUAACGCUAAAAUUAAGAAUAGAAGUAACCUAAAUUCUAAUAUGUACAGCGAUCCUAAUAUGUACGAUGAUAAUGUUAAUUUUAGUACUAAGCCUAAUUUUAAGAAUUAUGCUAAAAAAGUAGACAAGAUUAAUCCUGCAGCACAAUCUACACCGCGCAGUAAGGGCAUCAGAUCGGGUACUAAUACCCGGAGUAGAUUAGCGAAUAAUAAGAAAGAAACGGCCAAGCCGGGCAGAAGAUUCACUAAAUCGGCCGUUGUCACUAUAACCAGUAAGCCUGAUGGCCUUACUUAUGCGCAAAUCUUGGCUAAGGCCCGCGAAAAGGUAUGUCUCAGGGAGUUGGGUAUACAAACUACAAUCAUCCGUCGAGCGAUUAGUGAUGCUAUCGUCAUCAAAGUCCCUGGCCCGCAGGGGAAACAAUUGGCUAGCGUUCUUAGGUCUAAUCUUGCAGAAGUUUUGGGACAAGAUGCAAAGGUUCAAAAUCCUGUCACGAUGGGAGAAUUACGCCUACGUGGCAUAGAUCCUUCGACCACCGAGGAGGAGAUCUAUUUGGAAAUGGAGUCCCUUAGUGGUGCACACCGCAGCGAGUUCAAGGUUAGUACCAUAUCCAAUAUGAGAGAUGGAAUGAGGGUUGCCUGGGUAACCUGCCCGCUACAAACUGCGGUGAAAAUCGCCGAAAACGGAGUGGUGACGCUUGAGGAUGGUAAGGAAUAUAGACAUAGGAUCGGUGCACAACGUUGCCUUGAAAAUCAUGGAUACCCUAGUGGUGUUAGAAUUAUACAGGUUAAUCUCAACCGCAGCUGGGGAGCCCUGGAUCUUCUUAGGCAAUAUAUGAUUGAAGCUGACAUUGGCCUUGCCAUUGUUGCGGAAUCCCCCAGCAGGAUUGAAGAGAGUAGUACGUAUUUUAAGAGCUUGGACGAACUUGCUGCUAUUCUUUGGAGGCCUGAAGGUCUAAGGCAUUUAAGCUAUAAACUUAGCAGUACUAUCAGUAGGUUUGCCACUUUACCAUUUCUUGUUUGUGGCGAUUUUAAUGCGCACUCGACAUUGUGGGGCUCGACUUCCUUGAAUAGGCGUGGCGAACUAAUUACGAGAUGGUCGGCAAUGUUCGAUCUUCGUUUACUUAAUACUGGUGUAGCAUAUACGUGUAUCAGACCACAGGGUGGAUCAAUUGUGGAUUUAUCGUGGGUUUCCUCUGGCUUGGUUGAUUGUGUGGAGGGCUGUGCGAUUCUACCGGAUAGUAUAGACAAUAAUUUGAAUCAAUAUGUAGAUUGGAUUCGCAGUAUAAUGCGUAGUGCUUGUAACACAGCUGCUCCUUUAGUUAAAAGUAAAAACCAGCGUCGCCAGAUAUAUUGGUGGAUAAGCGAAAUAUCUGAUCUUCGAAGUUCGGCUAUUAAAGCGAGAAGAUUAUGGCAUCGUUGUAGGCAUAGCACGGAUACUGCAGAUAUCUUAGCUAAGAAAAAUAAUUACAUGUUAGCGAAAAAGGUUCUUAGAUCGGCAAUAAAGAAGGCUAAGAGCUCUUCAUGGGCCGAACUAAUAUCAUCAAUUGAAACAGACCCAUGGGGUCUACCCUAUAAAUUAGUUAUGAGGAAAUUGCGUAAGUCUAGCCCCACUUUGUCAGAGACUAUUGGAGAAGAUAGUCUUAACCAACUCUUGGAUUCACUUUUUCCUGGUUCCUCGAGUGGAGUGGAUAAUCCAAUCCUCCCUGUAACCCCUCCAUCAGAGGAGGAUGAGGAAACCAACGUUAAUAUAGCUCAAAUUAAAAAGAUUGGUCAAAAAACGACCGUGUAG